AGGUAUUAUUAUUUUUGUAAUUGUAUUUGUUCCUUAUGCGUAAGAUUUUAAACUCGACGAAGGGUGUGGUAAGAGAGGUACAGAUACGCCGGCGAUAGCACGACUCAAAAGGGCUGUCGGCGGCGAACGUAGAGAGGUGUACGAAAGGAGGCGGGCACGAGUGAGAGCCCCCAAGAUACAGAAGAGAGAGAGAGAGAGAGAGAGAGAGAGAGAGAGAGAGAGAGAGAGAGAGAAGGGGAGAGAUGUCGGACUUGGACCGGCAGAUAGAGCAGCUAAAGCGGUGCGAGCCGCUGAAGGAGUCGGAAGUGAAGGCUCUCUGCCUUAAGGCCAUGGAGAUCCUUGUGGAGGAGAGCAACGUCCAGCGAGUCGACGCCCCUGUAACUAUUUGUGGAGAUAUUCACGGGCAGUUCUAUGACAUGAAUGAAUUAUUUAAAGUUGGUGGUGACUGUCCAAAGACAAAUUACUUGUUUUUAGGUGAUUUUGUUGAUCGAGGGUUUUAUUCUGUUGAAACAUUUCUACUUCUACUAGCCCUGAAGGUUAGGUAUCCAGAUCGUAUAACCCUGAUUAGAGGAAAUCAUGAAAGCAGGCAAAUCACCCAGGUAUAUGGUUUCUAUGAUGAGUGCCUCCGGAAGUAUGGUUCUGUGAAUGUUUGGAGAUAUUGCACAGAUAUUUUUGAUUACUUGAGUCUUUCUGCGCUCAUUGAGAAUAAAAUUUUUGGCGUUCACGGAGGUUUAUCACCUAACAUAACUACAUUAGAUCAGAUCAGAACAAUAGACAGAAAGCAAGAGGUUCCACAUGAUGGGGCUAUGUGCGACCUUUUGUGGUCAGAUCCAGAAGAUGUUGUUGAUGGCUGGGGUUUAAGCCCUCGAGGUGCAGGAUUCCUGUUUGGAGGGAAUGUAGUCUCCUCGUUUAACCAUUCAAAUAACACCGAUUACAUAUGUCGUGCACAUCAAUUGGUUAUGGAAGGAUACAAGUGGAUGUUCAAUAACCAGAUUGUAACUGUAUGGUCUGCCCCAAAUUAUUGUUACAGAUGUGGAAAUGUGGCAGCAAUUCUAGAGCUGGAUGAGAACUUGAAUAAGCAGUUUCGUGUUUUUGAAGCUGCUCCACAGGAAGCAAGAGGGGUUCCUUCUAAGAAACCUGCCCCUGAUUACUUCCUCUGAGCCAGAGAUGAGAGAUUUUAUCUAUCCACUCUUUAAAGCUGGCCUGAGCUCAUUGGUUUUCGCCGGUGCCGCAGUGAGCUGAUGCCUUGAGCCGGCAGUCUUACCGCAUGCCAUGGAUGCCCCGAUGCUGCAGUUAUGUUGGUUUGGGCGUGCUAAUUAGUUCCAAUAUGGUUCAGUAUCAGAAUUAUGAAGUUGUUUGGUUGCAGGUGUAGAAUCCCAUGUGUUUUAGAACUGCUUUGAAUUGAAGUUAUUGGUUGGGAGUGAGGUUGGUCUUAGAUUUCAGCUGGAAAUAAGAAUCCUGUUUUACUUUUUUGGGCGAGAUUGUUCAGUAGGCUGAAGCUGAGUUGCUCAGUUUUGGCCCAGUGAGUCUUAUUUGUUUCUAUUCUUGGUAUCCAGAGUGCGUCUGCACCGGAUUUCAUCUGAUUUUUGCCCUAUUUAUAUCUUUUAACUCUUUUUUUUUUUGUAAUUUCUAAGAUUCUUACAGUAGUGCUAGAAUAUUACCGUUGUUGGAACUUGUUUGUGUCAUUUUAUUCUCAUUUAUUUCU